AUGAGACUCGCAGGAACCAAAACUUCGGAAAGGGCACGACGUUCAAGGAAGAACCAAUCGCCAGAGUUCACGUUCGACGAAACUACUACUCCGAAAGUUAGCCAGGAGAAGUUUCUUGCAAGGGACCAAAAUAAGAACAAUUUGAUACAAAUGCUUCGUCGUUAUUUUGCAAAUACCGGGAUAAAAGAAGAACAGGCUUUUGAGGAUGCUGACACUCUCAUCGUAACCACAGCAAUUAAAGAAGCAUCGCUCCAUGACUCUGUGGAAAUCGUUGGCGAAGAUAUCGAUCUUUUGGUCCUAAUUUGCGGACUUGCAAUGGAGAAAAAAAAUAUUUUCUUCCACAAACCAGCCAAAGGCAAAACACCGGCAAAAGUGUACUCUCCAAAUUGUUUCAAGCACGAUAAGUCUGUUCUUGAGAAUAUUCUUUUCAUCCAUGCUUUCAGCGGUUGUGACACCACGUCAUCUUUUUAUAACAUUGGAAAGUCGAAGUUCAUCAGCACCCUCGAGAAGAAUCCGAACCUCCGGUCAUCGGUAGAAUUAUUCAAGCAAGAAAAGGUCGAUCCGGAGAUGCUAGCUUGCGCGGGAAAUCUGUUCCUUAUCGCUCUUUAUGGUGGUCGUAAAGAGGACACGACGAUGGAUAUUUUGCGAUUACAUCGCUUCGCAAAAUCAAUGACGACAAGCAAGACGAAUAAUCUUUCACUGCUCCCACCAACGGAAAGUGCAGUCCGCCAACACGUUUUCUGGACAUAUUUACAAGUACAAACGUGGCUCGGAAUUUUUAAAGAUCCUCAAGAAUGGGGUUGGCGACAAACAAAUAACGGGCUCGAACCAAUUUGCACCACAGCCGCACCCGCUCCACCUGAACUUUUGAAACUCAUUUCGUGCAAAUGCAAAGGAAAGUGUGGAGCUGCUUGUGGCUGCAGGAAAGCAGGAAUCCAUUGCUCCGUUAUUUGCCUACACUGCAGUGGACAGACAUGUGACAAUGUCGCCAGAGUCGAAAUUUUAUUCAACGACGAUCACGACGAUGACGAUGAUUACGAUUUUUCGACCGUCACAACAUCAUUUCCUGCGAUUGAAGAGGUUUCAUGA